UGGGAGAGGAGUAUCACACGGCGGAGAGCAAAUAAUUAAUCGAGAGAGAGAAAAUCGAUACCAUCAUACAUACAGGUGAAGAAGGGUAUUGUCUUUCUUAGAAGAUGGUGCUAGAAUAGGCUCAGAGGCAUGUUGGAUUUAUAACCAGUCAUCAUGAAUCUAGAACAGGCCGUCACACCUACGCCCUCUGAUAGUCUGCAGUGCACCUACGUAGGCAAGAACACAACAAUUUUGUAUACGCCGUACGGUGGAAUCCCUUUGAAUUUAACGCUGAAUGUUAUCUUUUUUGCGGUUAUUUUGUUAUUGUACGCAAUUUUCCGAAAAUUAGCUGGUGAAUAUGGACGAAUUGCAUUAGUACAGCAUGGAGAAGAAAGGAGAAAACGGAAGCCAAAAGAAACAUCAAGUAUACCACUUAAAUCUGUUGAAUCCGAGCAAACAGCAGCAAGCAAUCUGUAUAAUGCAUGGACAAGUAUGUUCUUUGGGGAUCACAGUAAAACAUCUGAAGAAGAUGACUCAGAACCACAUUAUGAAGAUUAUGCGGGAUUCUGUUCUUGGAUUAGAGCAGUUUUCACCAUCACUGACAACCAGAUUAGGAAAAAGUCAGGAGUAGAUGCUAUUCAGUAUUUACAGUUUCAACGCUACCUUAUUGGUCUUGUAGUGGUCAUUUGCAUCUUGUCCAUUGGGGUCAUUCUACCGGUCAACUUCAGCGGUGACCAAGAAGGAGGAAAACAAAAUUUUGGCCAUACCACUAUCAGUAAUCUACCAACAAGCUCUGGUGCAUUGUGGGUCCAUACAUUUUUUGCAAUGAUCUACUUUGUCAUUGCUAUAGUUGCACUACGACAUUUCAAACAGCAUCUACCACACCGAGAGGAGCCAAGUCAUAUAUCAAGAACCUUGUUUGUUAUUGGGAUACCAUUGGAAAGGACGGAACCAGCUCUUAUUCGGCAACAUUUCCAGGAAGCCUACCCUGACGUUGAAGUGACUGAUGUACAGUUUGCAUAUGACAUUGCUAGACUGAAGUACUUAGAUCAAGCAAGGAAAGAUGCACAGGCAAAUCGUAUUGCUUGCGAAUCCAUGAAGCAGACGACUGGUAUUUCCCCCACACUACGCCCUGGAUCGUGUGGACAAAUUGGUUGCCAUGAUUGCUGCGGUGGGCCUAAGGUAGACUACUCUGAUAGGAUUGUCACUGACUAUGCCACAUUGAAGACUGGUCCGCCAACAGUGUCCAGUGUAAGUCGUACCGUACACAGCACCACGUGGGACGUGGACUAUGCGCCAUGGCCUGAUGACAUCAUUUGGGAGAGCCUUUCCGUAAGCACGUUAAAAUGGUGGAUCAGCGUUAUCAUAGUGAAUCUAUUUUUAUUUCUGGUCCUGUUUUUCCUGACCACCCCAUCAGUUAUACUAACAAGUCUUGACAGUACCAAUUAUCAAAAUGCUAUUGACAAUCUGAAUUCAGCAGUGAUCUCUCAGUUCUUGCCGACCUUGCUGUUGUUGAUGUUCGCCGCUCUCCUGCCACAGCUUGUCAUCUAUUCCAGCUACUAUUUUGAGUACCAUUGGACGCGUACUACUCUCAAUCAUGUUAUCAUGCGCAAGACAUAUGUCUUUCUAAUGUUGAUGCUGCUAAUUCUCCCCUCCCUAGGUCUGGCAAGUGCUCAGGCCUUGUUUGAAUACACUCUGAGUGACAAGGAAAAUAUCAAAAUGAGAUGGGGGUGCAUGUUCCUUCCAGACAACGGUGCAUUCUUUGUCAACUAUAUCAUCACUUCAGCUUUUAUUGGAACUGCUCUUGAGUUGAUUCGAUUCCCUGAACUGUUCCUCUACAUCAUUACAAUGAUUUGGACACGAUCGGAAGCAGAGAAAAUCACUGCUAGAAAGAAACUAGCCUAUGAAUUUCAAUAUGGUGUGAAUUAUGCCUGGAUGCUAACGCUGUUUAGUAUAGUAUUUGCCUACAGUAUUACCUGCCCACUUAUUGUACCUUUUGGUAUGGUAUAUUUCAUCUUCAAACAUAUGGUGGAUCGUUACAAUAUUUAUUUUGCGUAUGCACCCUCUAGAAUUGAUAAAGGAAUCCACGAUAGUGCUGUCAACUUUGUAGUCAUUUCUGGAAUUAUCCUGCAACUUUCUAUACUGUUUUUCUCUGUGCUAAGAUUGGGCUCAGUUGACCCACACUCUAUUGUCUCCGCCAUCUUCCUUGUCAUUUGUAUUGGAUUUUAUGUGGCUAAAUUUUGCUUUCGUCUAUGGACUGGUUACAUUCCUCCAAGUUAUGAGGAAUUUUCUAAUGUUGAAGAGCCAACUGCAAGCAAAGGAGCAGAGCUGAAGAAUUUUGUCCCCGAUGUACUGAUGAAGGAGGGGGAUGUUGGUGCUGAUGUUGAGCAAACAUCUUCUCUACCACGACAUGCCUAUGGUACCAUGACAACAGGAGCAGAGGUGGACAACAGAGCAGCAGCAGCCGAUCCUAGUAACAAUACUGACCUUAAUAAUUAUCAGUCAUAAUCAGGAAUUAUUUUAUUUACAUAAUUUGUGUAAUUUGUUGAUGUUUUCUUGCUGAUUUAUCAAACUACAAUAUUUUUAUUUUGCAAAUGCUUAAUAUUUAUGUAAUAUAUGUGUUUCUAAUUAAUUUGUGAGAGUUUUAAAAUAUAUAAAUUGUUUUUUCUUAGAGAAGAGAAUCCAUUUUAGUGCAAUUCAAUAAAUAAAUUUCUAUAUUACUAAAGUAUACCCAUAAUUUAUUGGUAUAAAUUUUAUUAACAAUUUCUAUUCAUUUUCAAUUCAAAAUGAUACCUGUAGAAUUAUAUAAAUAUAGAAAAUAUAGAAAUAUAAUGUAAUAAUUAUACUAAAAGUAUUAGUGUGUCAGAUUGUACUGUAUGCAUUGUAUAUUUGAAUGUAUGUUUUAAAUUUAUAAGUAAUAAUAUAUGAAUUACAAUUUUAACUCAAAAAUAGAUGACUUAAUGAAAAUCUUAUGCUGAUUGUUAUAAUAAUUAGAAUCUAUAUACUGUAGUUAGUAAUUAUUAAAGUCUAUACUGCUCUUAUUGCAGCAUUAUUAUUAUAAUAAUUAUUAUUUAAUAAUUAUUAAAGUCUAUACUGCUCUUAUUGUACUAUUCAACUUAAAAAUAAGCUUAGUAUUUAUACUUUGUAUAUUUAAUGAGUUUAUUUGCUUUUAAUUGAAGUUAAGCCCUGUCCAGACUUUUCAAAUUUUAUUUGAUUAAAAACUGUUGAAUGCCCAUAUAUAGUCAUGAUGUGCCCAUAUACAGUCAUGAUGUGCCCAUAUAUAGUCAUGUUGACAUGAGUCAUGUCACAUGUUUUGGUUAAAUAAAAUUUUAUAGUGUGGACAUGUCUUAAGAAGAUGUUACUUUCCUUUCCAGACUUUAAAAUUCCUAUUUUUACAAGGACCUAUAAUUUAACAAUUAAAAAUUAUCUAAAAGAAUUAGUAUCAGAGGUGGAUCCAGAAAUUUUCUAAUUGGGUGGGGGAAGGGGGCAUCAAGUUAUUAGAAUAGAGAUAAGGGGUGUGCUGCUAGCAGCAUUCGCAUAUAACAAAGUGACUGGAACCCCUAAUGAAACAUUUUAUAUUUGUAUUCUAUUUUUUUCUUAUUUCAAUAAAUGUCAU